CGUAAAAGAGACGGGCAACAGCUGCCGCUGAAUGCGGAGGCGAAGCAUUGGUCUUUUUCACACGCCGCGCCCGCCCCGCUGUCGGUGGCCUCCGAGACGGUGGAAGCUCCGCUCUCGGGGCCGCGCGGGAAGCGAGGAAGGCGAUCUUUUAACGAGCCUUUUGCAGGCGCUGCGACUCUGCCCGGGAAACCCACGGGUCCAUGCUGCGCACGCGCAGCCGUGGGGGAAAGGGAGUGCGGGGCCGGUGCCGUAAAGCGCGGACGAUGUCGGGGCGGGCGGGCCCCGCGGUGUUCGAGAAGCGGGUCCUGGUGACGGGCGGCGCCGGCUUCAUUGCUUCACAUGUAAUCGUCUCUCUUGUGAAAAACUAUCCAAACUAUCUGAUUAUAAAUCUGGAUAAGCUCGACUACUGUGCAAGCUUGAAGAAUCUUGAAACUGUUUCUGGGAAAGAAAACUACAAGUUUAUCCAGGGAGAUAUUUGUGAACCUGAUUUUAUAAAGCAGCUCUUUGAAACUGAGAAGAUAGAUAUAGUCUUUCAUUUUGCAGCCCAAACACAUGUAGAUCUUUCAUUUUGGCAUGCCCUGGAAUUCACCUACGUUAAUGUUUAUGGCACCAAUGUGCUGGUUGCUGCUGCACAUGAAGCUAAUGUCGAGAAAUUUGUCUAUGUUAGCACAGAUGAAGUAUAUGGAGGUAGCACUGAUGAGGAAUUUGAUGAAUCCUCACCAAAACGUCCGACAAAUCCCUAUGCCUCCUCUAAAGCAGCUGCAGAGUGUUUUGUUCAGUCUUAUUGGGAAAGGUACCAAUUCCCAGUUGUCAUCACACGGAGCAGUAAUGUUUAUGGACCACAUCAGUAUCCAGAAAAAGUUAUUCCAAAGUUCAUAUCUUUGUUGCAACAGAACAGAAAAUGCUGUAUUCACGGUUCUGGACUUCAGAGAAGGAAUUUCCUUUAUGCAACUGAUGUGGUAGAAGCAUUCCUUACUGUCCUGAAGGAGGGGAAACCAGGUGAAAUUUAUAACAUUGGAACUAACUUUGAGAUGUCCAUUGCCCAGCUUGCGAAGGAGCUAAUCCAUUUAAUAAAGAAGACCAGUUCAGAGUCUGAAAUGGAGCGCUGGAUGGAUUAUGUCAAAGACAGCAACAAUGAAUCUCUGCUUACUUUAGAUAUCACUCUCUCCAGAGUGAUUAGGAAUGAUGUGUCUACUGAUAGCAGGCCUACAAAUGACCUCAGAUAUCCAAUGAGUUCAGAAAAAAUGCACAACUUAGGAUGGAGACCCAAAGUGCCUUGGAAAGAAGGAAUAACGAAAACAAUUGAAUGGUACAGAGAAAAUUUCCACAACUGGAAAAACUCGGAGAAAGCUUUGGAGCCCUUUCCUGUGACAGACCCAUUUGUCCAGCUCAGUGGUCCAUAGUGUGGCACAGAACCUGAAGGAGUUUUUUCUACCUCAUAUGGUCUUCUCUUCACAGCCUGCAAUCAAAUGGCCACAUGGACUCUGGAUGUGUUCAAGAUACACAAACCAUGAUGAGUAGAACCACAGUAUGGCACAACUUUGGGAUGGUUUCAGCACUUUAUAAGUUGAACCUCUUAGUUUCAGCUUGCAGUGCAAUACUCUAUUCUCACUAGGUGUUGAUCUUAAAAAACUGUAUGGAGUGAAGAAUAUUUAUUAUGUUAUAAAUUAGUGUACUGAAGUAAAAUCUGCCUUAUUAAGAAUAAUUAACUGUGAUUGCAGCUUUUGGGACUUGGAGUUAAAUUUGUUUUAGUCCUGGAAUUAUUUGUCUGUAUUAGUUUGUUUUUACAGUGUAAUACAUAUAAUUUUUUGUCACUUCAAAUAAUUAGGUUUUAUUUUUAAUCAAGUGGAGAAAUGAUAUCUUUUUUGGAGAUUAUAAAUUGAUUGACAAAAGCUGAACACAGCACCUGUAUGGUUCCGUCCAUAUCUCUGCUGGCGCACUUUUAGCUUUUGUAGUUGACUGAUUAAACUUACCUACUUCAUAACUUUAAAUGCCCCUUUUUAAGGGGAACAAGGGGGGAAUGAUGUCAAGAAGUAGCAGGUGUUCUCGCUGUGAUUUCCAGAAGUAUUUCCUUAAAUUUUCUACUCCUUUUACUGUAUUAUUGUCUAUUACAUGUUAACUCCUUUUUCUUCACUAUAAUUGUAGCAAACUUGAAAUACUGGAACACAGUUAACAUUCCAAUGGUCUUAUUUCCUGUGAUAUGAAGGCUACUUAGGGAGAAAAUUUUUUUAAACUCUUUAUCUGUAAAUUGUGGGUUGGCAGACCUUAAUCAAUGCAGUGUAUCAGCAUUUUUUCUGUAAUAAACAUGUUAAAGAUAAAACAAUAUUUGAGUUUUAAUAUAAAAUUUGGAAAAAACUCUGUAAUUCUAGAAAUAUGUCAAUGAAUUCUGUUCAAAGUUGAUUUAGUAAUAAAUAUGAUGGUGUAA